UGCAGCGUGUGGUUGGCUAGAACAGCCAGCAGCUGCUGGGGUGUUGGCUGGUGACAGACAGUGUCGCUCUCUGGUGUUGGUGCAUGAAUAUUACAAAGAGGGGAACUGUAUUAGCGAUGGAGGGAGCUGCUGACUCGCUGACAUCAGUAUAAACACGCAGUGAAGCUAAGUGAUGCUCUGUUUAAGAGCAAACGUGAGUGUUUGACCGGUGAGCAGUGAAUCACGUGUGGAAGUGACUGAAACGUUACCUCUGCAUUCGUUGGCUGUUGUCGUCUCACACGAUCACAUGAUCCGCUGCUAGCUGGUUAGCCUGUUAGCCGCUCUAGCGCGGAGCCUGUCUGUGCUCACCAGGAAACGCUGCGACCCGACGUGAUCUCGAGCUGUCAAACAUAUGGUUUAAUAUUCCUCCAGCUGUUUUUCGGGUUUUAAUUCCUCGUUGGACUCCACAGGGACCAGAGUGCCAGCCGGUUGAACGACACCUUCAUGGCUGUUCACUUCAACAUCACACACACGAGCAUGUGACCGAGGACCAGGGUCUACAGCACAUGAUCUGGACCAGAGGAGGAGGCCAAAAUCAAUCAGGGGUGAAUUAUUUCUUAGUGGUCGACCAGGAGUGAAUAACCAUGACAACAAAGACCUCCCUGUUGAAAGUCAUUCUGCUUGGCGACGGUGGUGUGGGGAAAAGCUCCCUCAUGAAUCGCUACGUCACCAACAAAUUUGACGCGCACCUUUUCCACACGAUCGGCGUGGAGUUCCUCAACAAGGAUCUGGAGGUAGAUGGCCACCAGGUGACCCUGCAGAUCUGGGACACUGCUGGCCAGGAGCGAUUCCGUAGCCUGAGGACUCCUUUCUAUCGUGGCUCUGACUGCUGCCUGCUCACUUUCAGUGUAGAUGACAACCAGAGUUUUCUCAACUUAGGCAACUGGAAGAAGGAGUUCAUUUACUACGCGGAUGUCAAGGAGCCGGAGAAGUUCCCAUUCGUAAUCUUGGGCAACAAACUGGAUGUGACGGAGCGGCAGGUGUCUACUGAGGAGGCUCAGCGAUGGUGCAAGGAGAAUGGCGACUACCCCUAUUAUGAGACCAGUGCCAAGGAUGCCACCAAUGUAGCCGUGGCCUUUGAGGAAGCAGUACGCAGAGUGCUGGCAAUGGAUGAAAGAACAGACCACCUCAUCCCCACAGACACAGUCAAGCUCCACAGAAAACCUCGCUCUGCUACCACUUGCUGUUCAUAACGUCCAGGAGAUUUCACUAACAUUAAUUUGCUGUUAUGCCUAACAUGCAUCAAGGCUGUAGGUGUACAAUGCUGUAGUAAUCCUAUUUAAACAAGUUAUGCUACUGGCUUUGUGAUUUAUUGUACUGUUAAAGGUUUGAUGAUGAUGCUAAUAGUUGGACUUUGGUUUAAAGAGAGAGCGAUAAAACACUAAAUUCAUCUGACCAUGAAUAAACAAGAAGCACUGGCUCAUUCACUCAGCUCUGCCACAGUUCGAACAGAAGGGUUCUCAAAGAAAUAAACCAUUUCAUUUUGGCCCAAGACUAUCUGUGGGGAACUAAACACAUCUCAUGGCUCAGCAGAGGCAUUUUCUUUGAAAGGUUUCACUUCCCUGUUUAAAUAUUCCAUUCCAUCAUAAAGUUGAAUUACAAUGUGACUCACUGAUAAUAAGAAGUGUGCUAUCUCAGUAGUGCACUUGUUAUCGGAUCCUUGAACUUCACUCCAGACUGUGACAGUGCAGAUAAAGUAAUGACCUGUUUAUUUAUGUUUAGAAAAUAAUCAUGAAAUUAAAAUCAUUUAUACAGCCCAAUAACCUUAUUCAUGAGAAUUAGAAACUAGCUAAGGUACUACUCUAUGUAACUAACAAAUCCAGGCUUGUUGUGCACAUCCUUCAAAGUGAAUAGAAGAUGGCUAUGUGCUGAAAGCACUGAGGGACAACAUCCCUAACAGAAGAUAAAUAUUGAAGCAAAGUUAACAUGCAUGGCAUUAGGUGUAUUUAUGCUUCUGGAAACAUUUAAUUUUUUAUGU